AUGGAAAACAUCAAGCCACGGCCUCGGAUAAUGUGUGUCCACGGACCUCGUGAUGAGUGCAGCGGUUUCGUAUCUGAGCAUGCCAGGGUAUCGACCGUAUCGAUGAAGAUUUUUCUGCAACAACUCCUCAAUGUUGAUGAGCAAAAUCAAUUGAUCGAAGUAAAUGCUUGGCUAAAAUACACAUGGAACGACUAUCGUUUGCGUUGGCGUCCGCUUCUUCACGAUAACAUCUCAUCACUACGUUUUCCAACUGAAGAACAACAAAUAUGGCUACCUGAUAUUCUACUCUACAACAGUGCAAACGAAAACUUUGAUUCGUCGUGCCGUAGUAAUCUGGUGGUCUAUAGCAAUGGAGAAGUGAAUUGGAUACCACCUGGAAUAUUCAAAAUCAGCUGUAAGAUGGACAUAACAAUGUUUCCAUUCGAUGAGCAGGUCUGCUUUCUGAAAAUUUGGCUCAUGGACAUAUCAUGGUUUUGCUUUGGACCUUCGCAUAGAUUCUACGGAUGA